CUCGUCCCGUUUGUUCACAUAGAAAAGAAUAGAUUCAAUUGCACAUCGGGCUCCAUUCAAGGGUAUCACCGAGUGGUAAUUGAUCUUUUAUUCCUCGAAUUGAUUCGCGAGGCGACGGUUGACCAAAUCGCCUGUCAAUCAGGUCAAAGUUAAAUGGCUUCAUGCAUGGCAAAUUCUAGGUCUAGAAAUCGAUCGUCCGUCUUGUCCAUCCUCCUGUGGGACGGACUCUAUCUCACACCCCUGACAGCCCAAGUGGACUUUUUUCCUGAACGCCACUUAAUGGAGCAUUAUCAAGUCGACAGCUUGGCAGUUGGCAGGUAGUACAACAUGAUGGAAGACCAAGCUCGGUCUGGAAAGUAUCGUGAUCCUGGCACCACCGACUGCCCGAGGUCCGCAAGGGCUGCCUACCUGUCUGCCUGCUGGUCUUCUGUCAUCACCUGCAAGACUGAUGAUGCCCAGAAUUUGGCGAACAAAGCGAGCUCCUGCUGUUGGCAGACCACGCCGUUUAUGCCGAGUCGCAACGUGCAAUGCAGGCGCAUGUCUCGACGAGCUGUCGUCCAAUAACACCCUUGCAUUAUUUAGGUAGUACCUACCUUCCCUGUCAAUCGGGGCAGAAAAAAAAAGCGAUUAAAUGUUGUGUGGGGCUUCCCGUCCCAGCGAGGCAAAGCACAUGUCAAAAAGACGAACAAAAAAAGCGGUUGCCGUUGAUGCAACGAUCGAUCACCUACCUUCUGUCCAGGUCGGCAGGUACCAACCACGUAGGCGGGCAG